CAGGUUUACCCCAGCCAGGAAUAGAGCAGUGGCACUAUUUUGGAAUGCUCUAGAACCUCCAGCUGUUUUGGAACACCUCUACAACUUCCAGGCAAAGGGCUAGAACCAGGAUCACAGAGCCUUCAUAGCCCAGGUGGGGCCAGCUCCCUCCCUCCAGCACCCCCCAUUGGGCUUCAUGUGGAUGCUGGUACUGGGUGGGGCUUUCCUGGCAGCUGCCCGGGCCUGUGUUUUCUGCCGCCUCCCAGGCCGUGACUUGUCGGGCCGCCUGGCAUGGCUCUGUAGCCAGAUGGAGGCCCAGUGGAAGGACUGUGAAGCCUCCUGGAACUUCUCAGCCUUUGCCUUAGAUGAGGUGUCCAUGAACAAAGUCACAGAGAAGACUCACAGAGUCCUGAGGGUCAUGGAGAUCAAAAAGUCUUUCUCUUCACUCCCCUUAUAUUGGCAAUGGCUUCAAAAGACCAAGCUCCCUGAGUACACCAGAGAAGCUCUCUGCACUCCUGCCUGUUGGGGCAGCACCAUCCUGUACAACUGUUCCACCUGCCAGGGUUUUGAAGUGCACUGCUGGCCCCAAAAACGCUGCUUUCCAGGUCUUUACUCUCUACCUUGCCUCACCUCACCCAGAUCUCUGAGCUCCCAAGCUCCCCCAGUGUCAACGGUGGGGUCCUCUUUCAUUGUUUCCUGGGUUCCCCACAGGAAGUCACGAUCUUUGGGAAGCCAGGAUUCUGCUCCUCUCUGUCUUUGGAACUGUCCUGUUCCUGGGUGUCCUGAGCCUUGUGGUGGAGUGAGUUGGGGAAUAAGGGCAGGAAAUAGUCUCACUGCCUCUGACCCACCCAGUACCUUCUACCACCCAUCCUUCCUCUUUCCAGUCAGUCCCCCUCCCUUCCCUUCCCAACUUCCCACCUCCAUCUUCCCUCAGGUUCCACCUCCUCGAAGUAAAAAGGGACUUAUGAAGAUGCUAACAGACCAGCCUCCAGCUGUAAGGGAGGUGUACCCACAACUUCCACUUCCCUUGAGGGGGGCAGCCAGCCCCUUGGUUCCAGUUGCAGAGGUUCAGUCUUCCAGACUUUGAAACUCAGAUGUUCUUACAAUCCCACUGUCAGAGGGCCUCCAGGAACCCGGGCAGCCACAGCUGGAAAGUUUCUCCCUGCCUGCCCUCACCCAAUCAGAUAGGGCAGUCACCAAUGCCAGGAAAAUAUCUACAGAAGGAAAGAAUCCCCUCCGCACACACUGCCACUCCCACCCCCUUUCUGCCUGUUCCCGUAAAGCGGGGCUGUUUGCCCCGGAAGCUACUCUUGGCUCUCCUGUGACUGAUUGGGAAUGCCGGGAAUGAGUGUUUUGGAGAACUCCCUCCCUCUCUGAGUGAGACCACAUCAGUAAGUCUGCUGCAUGCUCUCCCUCCAUUUAACAUUGUGAAGCCCUGGCCUCCCACAAAGGCUUCCCUCCUGCCAGGCCCAACUAAACUUGUUGUGAAAUGGCCUCCACCCCUGCCUGGGCUCGGGCUGCGACUGGGGCGGGAGGGAAGACAGGAAACUCAAUGAGCACAGUGGUUCUCCACCAGGGGGAUUUUGCACCCCAUGAGACAUUUGGUGACAUCUGGAGACAUUGUUGAUUGCUUUGAUUGGGGGCAGAUAUGCUACUGGCAUCUAGUGGGUAGAGACAAGGGAUGCUGCUCAACAUCCUGAAAUGCACAGGAGAGUCCUCUCCAGCAAGGAAUUAUCCAUUCCAAAACAUCGAUAGUACGUGGUUAGAAGGCCUGGUGUUUCUUCCCUGGCUGUCAGGAGUUUGGGUUUGGGAGAUGAGAGAUGGGACGAGAAAAGAGACACCUGUCACCAACCACAGAGCCUAGCCCCAGAAGGGAUCCUGGCCCUCACCUGGCUCAGUAGUUUUCAGAUUGGGUACUUAGAGGCUCCAGGGUCAAAGUUCUCAACAAGCUGCACAUUGGAGUCACCUGGGAAACUUUACAAAUUACCCAUGCUUGGAUCCCAUCUUCAGAGAUUCUGAAGUUAGUGGUCUUGUAUGGGGCCUGGCUAAUCUAACUUAUAGCCAGGGUGGGAACCACUGGUUAGGGUGUACCCAUAAAGGUCCUGGGAUGGGGAGAGAAAUGCCUAUGCCUUUCAGGAGGGGCUCUUUCAUGUUGUUUUACAUGUUCUAGUCCAAACCCGGUAUUUCUCUCUCACACACACACACACACACACACACACACGACCCAGAGAUCAUACAGCAAAUUUUACAAACUGGCCCAAGAUCAUACAACUCAUUCAUCCACUCAUUUGACAAGUAAGU